CGCAGACGUUUCCCGUUCUUCAAAGUUUUCUUUUCUGGACUCUUGCCUGUGGCAGAGACUUUUUUUUCUGGGAGACUUUCCCUCACAUUCCUUCUGUUGAACUUUGAGCAUACUCUGAAAGAGCCUCGACUAGUCUUGAUUCCGACUACAUUUUGCACCAGCUGUUAAACCAUUCACUAUUUCACUGGUUCUUCACAACACCACAACUUCCAAUCAAGCACAACUCCUUGCAUCGCGUAGCUGGUCUUCGCGAUUUCUUAGCAGAAGCUAUAUCUAUUCUCUAUCAUAUACAUAACCACGAUGAAGUUCUUCCUUCCGACUUUGCGCAUCGCGCUCUUGGCAACUGCCGCGAAUGCUCAUAUGGUCCUCCUCAACCCGGUCCCUUUCAACAAUGGAUCCGUGCAAAACGCUCCAUUAGACCCAAACGGCGCCGACUUCCCAUGCAAGUUCCCAACCGGGUAUAAAAUCGUACAAAUGAACAACUGGAAAGCCGGCGAGACACAGACAGUUCGGUUCAUGGGCUCAGCAGUUCAUGGUGGUGGAUCAUGCCAGUUUUCGAUCACCACAGAUAAGGAGCCUACGAAGCAGUCUCAGUGGAAGGUUAUCCAUAGCGUUAUUGGUGGAUGCCCAUCGAACGUUGAAGGCAACUUGACACCAGAAACCCCCCUGGGCACUGGUGCUAACACCUUUCCCGUAACGAUGCCAAAGGAUACUCCAAACGGCCAAUACACGUUCAGCUGGAGCUGGCUGAAUAAAGUGGGCAAUCGCGAAUACUAUCAGAACUGCGCUCCCAUUAUGGUUUCGGGCGGAGUUGAAGCUGCGUCUCAGGAGGCCUCAUCAGCCUUCUUUGCCAAGCUGCCGGACAUGUUCGUUAUCAACCUGCCCAAUUCCACCUGCGGAACCGUUGAAACACAGGACUUUGUUUAUCCCCAGCCUGGUGACUCGGUUGUUACUGGGGUCGGGGCCGCGCUGGGUAGUUCUAUCGUCGACAAUGGAGGCUGUUCUUCGAUGUUCAAGAUGGGUGCUGGCGCCGGUACAAUGGGGUCUCCUGCUAAGGCUACCGGAGGUGGUGGCGCUUCUUCAGCUGCCCCUACCGGGCCUGUUGCAACUAGCGUUCUCGCUUCUCUUCCUGCUACCUCAAAUCCUGGAGGUAUAUUUGCCCCUGGUGCUUCUUCAGCCGCUGGAGGCCCACAGACAUCUUUCACUACUCUUGUUGUUACGACGACCGCUAGCCUGGCUGAACCCACUGCCGCCCCAUCUCCAACUGGUGCGGCUCCGGCUGCCCCAGCAGCUUCCGGAAACUGUGUCGCAUGCACCAACGAUGGUGGUGUAGUCUGCAUCGGUAGCAACCAGUUUGGUCUCUGCAAUCGUGGAUGUGCUGUUCCGCAAGCUCUUGCUGCUGGAAUGUCUUGUUCGAAUGGCGCCAUCACUCGUCGUACUGCACGUGGCCGCCGAGUACACCUCCACCGCCGACACGGCUCCGAGAUGAUCUAAGUGCGAAAUCUCACAAUGUAUCACAUGUCGACCACUGUCGCCAUGCAAGCAUUUACCUGGAGUUUUUGGCCAGCAUCUUUAAGCAUGAUAUCUACGGCUUGAUGCUGAGGAUUGGAGUAUCUGUACAUACCCGGUUUUGGCAUGGCAUUUUGGGCCAUUUUGCUAUUUUGUAUCUGGAUUAGCGUGGACACCUUCUCCAGUCUCUCUUCUUUUCUUUAAUUUCAUCCAUACCCAGUCUUCGGUAUUAUAUUGAGCUUCCAUGCCAUUAUUUGUCCCACCACAGCAGUAAGACUCGCAAAAGUUGCGAGUAC